AUGGAAGGGCAGUCAGAUCCUCCAUCCUCUGAGCCCGCUUUUUCUCAGAGGCUUUCUGAAGGAGAUGGACCUGAAGGUGAAGAAGAACAGGAGGAAGUUCAGGAGGAGGACACAACCGGGACGCAGCCAAGAGAAGAGCCAGGAGAAGGUUUCCCGGAGCAGCUGGGACAAACUUCUCUGCCCCGUUCAGGACGGUGCUGCCGCAGGCAGGGUUCUCUUGCCCCUCGGGGUGUGGGUAGGUCCUGCCAGCAGACUGGUGGGGACCAGGGGACUUCACCAUGCCACCAGGCGCCGGAGGAGCUGCGGCCAUGCAGGCGGAAGCACCAGUUGUGUCUGAAACCUGAGACAAAUCGGGUCCCCACAUCCCCUGUGCGGGUGGAGAACGUUGAGGAACCGGGACCUUCCCGGGGGAAGAGGCUGCGGUUGAUCUGGGGCAACUUCAGACAGAGGGAGCUGGAGAACGGGCUGGAGGAGACACCACGGAGCAGCGAGGAGGAGGAGAGGGGCUCUCGGUCUUGCUCUCCUGAGUUGUCCCUUUCCGAUGAUGCCCGUCCCAAGCCGGACUUUGUACAGCUGAUCGAUGAACGUGGGAUCUACUCCACCGCCAAGCUGGUGCUGGGGAGCGCGGUGGGUGACCUGGAGGAGGUGACAGCAGUGGGGCUGCCCAGCCACCCAAAGCGGGGAGCGAGCGGCAUCGGCGAGCUGGAGAUCCGCGAGGUGAUCGUGGAUGAGAAGCCCUUCCAGUGCGCGGUCUGUGAGAAGGCCUUCAAGCGAGCUUGGGAGCUCUUCAGCCACGAGGUGGUACACAACGAGGAACGUCCUUUCCGUUGUGACCUCUGCCAGGCUUCCUUCAAACGCCACUCGGACUUCAAAAGCCACCGGUUGGUCCAUACGGAGGAACGUCCUUUCCGUUGCGAGCUCUGCGGCAAACGCUUCAAACGUUCCUCCAACCUCCAAGAGCACCGGCGAAUCCACAGCGGCGAACGUCCUUUCCGUUGUCCACGUUGUGCCAAGAGCUUCAAGACCCCUUACGAGCUCCAGCGUCACGCGCUCACCCACUGCGCCGACAAACCCUUCAAGUGCGCUGACUGCGGGAAGGACUUCCCCACCUCCAACGCUCUCCUCCUCCACCAGCGCCAACACUGCGACGACAAACCCCACGUCUGCGGCGUCUGCGGGAAGAAGUUCACCUACGGCCACAGCCUCAAAGUCCACGAGCGGGUGCACACGGGUGACCGUCCCUUUGUCUGCCCGCUCUGUGGGAAGGGCUUCAAACAAUCCAACGCUUUGUCUUCUCAUGAACGAGUCCACACCGGUGAACGUCCCUUCGUCUGCAAGACCUGCGGGAAGGCCUUCAAACAGUCGUCCUACCUGGUGAUCCACGAGCGGGCGCACACGGGGGAACGUCCCUACAAGUGCGAGGCCUGUGGGAAGGCUUUCGCCCGACCCUCUUUGCUCCUCCAGCACCACCGUGUCCACAGCCAGGAGCGACCCUACAAGUGUAGCUUCUGUCACAAGUUCUUCAAGGACUUGGCCUACCUGGCCGUGCACGAGAAGGUGCACACAGGUGAGACCCCCUACAAGUGCAGCAUCUGCGACAAGGGGUUCGCUCACCCCUCCAACCUGCUGCAGCACCAACGCGUCCACCGCGAUGGCUGA